CUGCAUUUUUUAUUGCAAAAUUUCCCAGAAGGUUAGUGAAUGGAGUGGCUGGGUGGAAAGAAGUGACCAGAGUUCAGAGAGGAAGGACAGAGUGACACCUAGGGUUACAUAAACUCCCAGGGGCCGCCGGCGCGUUGCCACUGCCCGUGGAGGCUGCACGCUGGUGAGGGCCGCUGCGGCGGAGGGGAAAGAAGCCGAGCCCUUCCCGGAGCCGGGGACGCAGACGCUCUGAAGGCCGCGUGGACCAUGGCCCGCGCGCCCGACCUGCUGCUGCUGCUGCUGCUGCUGCCGCCGCUGCUCGUCUCCGCGGACGCGCCCGAGCCCUGCGCGGUGGACGACGACGAUGUCCGCUGCGUCUGCAACUUCACCGCCCCGCAGCCCGACUGGUCCAGCGCCUUCCAGUGUAUGACUGCCGUCGAGGUGGAGAUCCGUGGCGGCGGCCGCAGCCUGGGACACUUUCUGAAGGCUGCCGACGUCGACUCAAAGCACUACGCUGGCAUAGUCAGGUCUCUGCGCCUGCGGCGGCUCACGGUGGGCGCCGCCCAGAUUCCUGCUCCGCUUCUGGGGGCCUUCCUGCGAGCGCUCGGGUACUCGCGGCUCAAACAGCUGGCGCUCGAGGACCUGGACGUAACCGGCACGAUGCCGCCGCCGCCCCUGGAGGCCAUUGGGCCUGCGCUCUCCACCCUCAGUCUCCGUAAUGUGUCCUGGGCAGCGGGAGGUGCCUGGCUCGCGCAGCUGCAGCAGUGGCUCAAGCCAGGCCUGCAGGUACUGGGCAUUGGGCAAGCACACUCGCUUGCCUUCCCCUGUGCAGAGCUCCGCAGCUUCCCUGCCCUCACCACCCUAGACCUGUCCGACAAUCCGGGACUGGGCGAGCGCGGGCUGGGCGCCGCGCUCUGUCCGCAGAAGUUCCCGGCCCUCCGGGAUCUAGCGCUUCGCAAUGCGGGGAUGGAAACGCCGGGAGGCGUGUGCGUGGCGUUGGCGGCUGUGGGUGUGCAACCCCACAGCCUAGAUCUCAGCCACAACUCGCUGCGCGCCACCACCCCGGGCGCUCCCGGGUGCGUCUGGCCCAGUGCACUGAGGUCUCUCAACUUGUCGUUCGCUGGGCUGGAGACGGUACCUAAAGGACUGCCGGCCAAGCUCACUGUGCUUGAUCUCAGCUGCAACAGGCUGCUCAGGGCGCCUCGGCCAGACGAGCUGCCCAAGGUGAGUAACCUGACACUGAACGGGAAUCCUUUUCUGGACCCUGGAGCCCCCAAGCCUCAAGAAGACCUGAUAAACUCUGGUGUGAACCCAGCCUGUGUGCGCUCCGCCCUGGCAGUGGGGAUGUCAGGAACUCUGGCGCUGCUUCAAGGGGCCGGGGGCUUGGCCUAAGAAGAAAGAAUUGGCUCCGACUGCCCUGGCUGCGGGGGAGCCUCUUCAGGACGUCUUAACCAACCAACCCUCUGCCCCAUAUUCAUUAAAGUCUUAAACAAUAGUCCA